AUGACGGACCGCGACAAGAAUGGCCAAUCGGCCGCCGACGAAGAGGAGCAGAAGAGAAAAGCCAUUCUGGCAAAGGCCAUGAUGGAUGACCUCGGCACUGCUCGCGUCGAAAACCUUCCGUUGGAGGAUGUUGACCUCCCUCCUCGUCAUGGUCGUCAUGAUGGCCGGGGACACUCUGGUCUUACUAUGCCUCGACCUGCUCCCGCUGUGUCUGAUAUCUGGGCAGAGGCCCAACGACAGGGCGUUUUCAACGAUGAUGACGCUAUUGCUGUGCGAGAACUUGAUGAUCUUGGAGGCGGAAGAAUCUAUGCCACCCGCCAGCAGGAAGUCAGCGCUUUGGCUAGCCGCCUCGUUCGUGGCGUCAGAGAUCAUGCUCAAAAAGUAUUGAACCCCGAGCUGGACAGCCGCCUUGCUAAACAAUACCAUGGCCGCGGACGCGAGAUACCCCCAAGCAGAAAAAUCAACAUUAGCAAAGACAUGAAAACAUCCACUCUCGGUGUCCUUUACCAUGCAUCUCAGCCGGUCAGGCAAUUCCCCCCAAACUACCGCCCAUCUCCUACAUCACCCCAUCCAUUGGCUACCACAAAGCCCCUUCAACAAGUCCCUUCUAGUCAAGGACUUUCGUCUUCCCGGGUUCCAGUUGCGUCUUGUGCAUCUUCUACUCCGCCUAUCAAAGAAACCUGUCGAGCUACUUCGGUCCAGUCAACUCGCCACGCAACUAUCAGUCAAGGACCCCGUCAUCCACCUGUCAACCAGGCUCAAACACAGCCUGGCCUAGCUACCGCGUCAACUGAUUUACGCCAAAGCUCCGCGAGGAUCCGACAACCGUCUACGUCCACCACUCAAGGCCCAGCAAGUCAGCAACUCCUGUUUUUGGGCAAUGAACAUAUUGUUCCCCCUUCAGGGAAUGAAUCUUCUCCACUUUCGCCGGAGCUGCCUAACGUUCUCUUCAAAUGCGAAGUUGACUUUCCUAAUCCAACACGUCUGCCUGACAGAACGCUUGUACCCUCCAUGGUUUAUCUUUCUGCGGCCGGAAAACCACAUAUGGGGUUCUUUACACUGACUUGCGAAGGCAAGCAAGUCUGCCGAUCGCCUAUCUCUCAAUAUUACCAUCAUACUAUCGACUCUGGAUCCCGACAACUGAUAAUUAUUUUCAGAGGCCAAGAGGGUUAUACUAGCAGUCACAUAGUCAACUUCAUGGCUUAUAUGGACGCGGAAGAUUUUCACAGGACACUCACCCGUCUUCGUGCUGGCAAAUAUCUGGACCAGGUUAAUGACAGCUCCAGGCAGAUGUUGGAGGCUACCAUUCAAGAAGCAGCUCCAACUACCGUGGAGACAUCUCCCACGCCGGCUCCUCGGAACCCCGUGUCUCAAGCUCGAGCGGAACAAGCAAUCACAACAGAUGUUGACACGGUCUCAAGACAACCAUAUGCACCAGAUUCAACCACAACCCAACGUGCAGAGAACCAGGAGAUACUGGUUGGUACGCUUAUUGACUUGGACACUUUGGAUGACGCUCCAUCGACGGUCCGGCCACAGUAUGCUCAAUCUGAAGCUGUGGAGCUGCUUUCUACUCUUGAUCCGUUUGAGUAUGAGCUUGAACAUGUCGACGAUCAGCUUCAGGUCCAGCAAGCGCAAUCUGGAAUCACGGAACAGAACUAUGGGCUUGAUAUUGUCAAGCAGGAGUUUGUUGAUACAUACCGGUUACUGUUGCAGAACAUGAUUAAGGUAUUGGGUGAAAUGCCGAGCAACAGGACGAAUCGCGGUGCUUCUACGAUGAUUGAAGGACUCCAGACAUUUGUGACGCAAUCAGCAAUGGAUGAUGAAUGCGGUCUCGAUGAAUCAACCAAAAAAGAGCUUCUGAAGGAGGUCUGGGGCGACUCUCAACCUGUGGAUACCGACAAUGUUACCAACGACAUUCAAUCGGCUCCCAAUUCUCUGCCAGAUCGCCCGAAAACUCCCAGACCUCCCCCUCAGACCGCAAGAACAACUUCUCAUGAUACUAGCAGAGCACACUCCCCUGUAGCCACUACGCAUACUCGCCGCCGUGUGUACCAGCUCCCAUUCCUUGUGUCCCUUUACAACAAUCGUUUGCAGCCUCCCCACUGGCUCAGUGAGCUGGGAUUUAUGCCCGCGUUCUCUAGAAGGAACCAGCCUCCCUCGACGUGUCAGAGCUUGGAAGCUACGCUUACAGCCACGAGGCCUGCCACUCCGCUUCAAGCGGCUGCAAUUCUGGCUCCUGAUUUUACCAGGAGCAGAGCCAAUCACGCCUGGGUGAUGGCAACAGAGGCCUCAGAGACCGUAGAGCCUACGCCCAUCAUAACUUCCGAGUCAACGACUCAAGAUGUGCAAGCAGAGACCCAGGUAUCGCAGAUCAGAGAGCAUACAUCGGUAGUUCCCAAUGAGACAGCUACGAGUCUAUCCCAUGAAGAGCACAUAAAUGCAAAUAUCUGCAGUGACCCCGAGCUCAUCUCCUUGGCCACUCCAAAGCCAUCAAGGCCUCCACCAACACAGAUGAAUGUUCGUGGUCUUCGAAACUCAUUGUGGGCUAGACCUGAUGAUCGCCUUGAAACUGAAGGAGUUUUUACAGGUCCUCAAUUCUUGACUAGUGCCACCCUUCGAGCGCGAGCGCAACUUGAUCCACAGGCCCCAGUCAGUGCUACUCCUACCGAGUUGGCGGAAAUGUUCUCUGGUAGGCCCUCUACUCAGAGUAUUGAGCAUGUCACUCCUUACAUUGCACCUGGUGUGCAAAAUAAUGGACCCAUUUCAGUGUCUAAUCACCGGCCCGCCACCCCUGCCGACAAUACUUCAAGUGUUGGAGGACCGACUCCUCAGGAUCAAACAUCUCUUUCAACCCAGCGUGUUGUUAACACGCCUAUUCAGCAGCCAAGCUCCAUCAUCGCACCGCCUGCUCAAUCGCAGUAUCCGGUCAUCUCUAGCAUUCUUUCCAACCGUAGCCUGGCUGGCUCAGGGUAUGUGACUAGUUUGGUGCCAGAGAGUUCGUCCAUACCAGCUCUCCCUCAACCCGAGAAAUCUGCUUCUUCAAGCAGCUCCACCAACCCUGGUUUAGCCGGCUCUAGGUUUGCUAGCAGUUCAGCACCAGAAAACUCUAAUGGUACCGACUUUCCCGUUGUUCAAGUCCAAUCGCCGGUUCCUGUUUUCGAGGCCCAACCGACGGCUCUCGCUCCUAGACCUAUCAACCGCGGUUUGGCCGGAUCAAGAUUCGCUUCUGGCAAGGUGCUAUCCAGCUCUGGUAUCUUUACGGGCCACUACGCUCGAACGCAGCCACAUUGA